CUGGGACCAUGGUUGGACUACAGCCCACGGAUGUACCUCCCACUACUGCGGUCAAGUUCGUAGGGGCCGGCACUGCUGCCUGCUUUGCUGACCUCCUCACCUUCCCAUUGGAUACAGCCAAAGUUCGACUACAGAUCCAAGGAGAAUCCCAAUCAGAGAAGGCAAUUCAGAAUGUUCGAUACCGGGGAGUGCUGGGUACCAUUACCACAAUGGUGAAGACUGAGGGCCCCAGCAGCCUCUACAAUGGACUGGUGGCUGGAUUGCAUCGCCAAAUGAGCUUUGCCUCCAUCCGAAUUGGCCUCUAUGACUCUGUCAAGCAAUUUUACACCCCCAAAGGAGCAGAAAACUCCAGCAUCAUCGUCCGGAUCCUGGCAGGAUGCACAACGGGGGCCAUGGCUGUGACCUGUGCUCAACCCACAGAUGUGGUGAAGGUGCGUUUCCAGGCCAGUGUCCGACUGGGACCAGGAAGCUGCAGAAAGUACAGUGGGACAAUGGAUGCCUACAGGACAAUUGCCAGGGAGGAAGGGAUCAGGGGCCUGUGGAAAGGAACUUUGCCCAACAUCACCAGAAAUGCCAUUGUCAACUGUGCUGAGAUGGUGACUUAUGACAUGAUAAAGGAGGCCCUGAUAGAUCGCCACCUGAUGACGGACAACUUCCCCUGCCACUUUAUCUCAGCCUUUUCAGCUGGUUUCUGUGCCACUGUUGUGGCCUCCCCUGUGGAUGUUGUGAAGACCCGAUAUAUAAAUUCCCCUCCUGGACGCUACAGUAGCACCGUGGACUGUAUGCUGAAGACUCUGAGCCAAGAAGGUCCUACAGCCUUCUACAAGGGAUUCACUCCCUCCUUUCUUCGUUUGGGAUCCUGGAACGUGAUGAUGUUUGUGACCUAUGAGCAGUUGAAACGGGCCCUUAUGAAACUCCAGAUGUCUUGGGAAUCUUCAUUUCAGCCAAAAUGAGAAGAGUAUUGGAAUAUGGAAAUCAUAAGAAUGAUAUACAUACCCAAAGAUAAACAUAAACAUUUAUAGAA